AUCGGGCGCCGGGGGCUGAGCCGCGGCUGCUUCCGGGUGGGUGCAGGGGGCGGGGCCUCCUGACGCAGCAGCGCAGCAGCAGCCGCAGGGCCCCCCGAGGGACGGCGGCGCCAGGAUGGAGGCCGAGCAGCAGGGGCCGGGCCCCCCCGCGACCCUGGGGCAGCUGCUGCAGACCCUCCACGAACUGGGCUUCAGCGAGCGGCAGGUGCUGGACGCCCUCCAGGCCGGCUGCCUCAGCGCCCCCGAAGCCGCCGACUGGUUGCUGCAGGGCCACAGCCUCCCCCGAGCAGACCCGCGGGCGGCGAUGGAUGCCUUCAACCCCCCCAGGCCGACCCAGGAGGUGCUGGGCCUGAGCCGCCCACCCGCAGGCUCGCAGCCGGAUUUGGCAGCAGUGGCCAUGCGGGACUCCCCUGAGAGAGGAGGCCGCCUCGCCUUUGCAGAGGGACAGCGGGAGCAGCUCGCCCAGCAGCUCAGAGCAGAGAGGAGGGCCAAGCAGAAGGAACGUGAGGUGGCCCUGCAGAGGAUCGCGGACGACCGGCGGCGCCUCCAGGCGAAGACCCAGCUGGUGCAGGCCUUGCCUGCCAGGGCCCCCCCGCCGGGGGACAGAGCAGCCUCCAGCACUGGGCAGUGCCUGCUCGUGGUCCGCCUCCCCACAGGGGACUCUGUGCGCGAGCGUUUCCCAGCCGCCGCUUCCCUGGAGAGCGUCCGCCAGCGCCUCUUCUCCCUGCGCCCGGAGCUGUCGCCGGCCGCCUCCUUCCUGCAGAGCUUCCCGAAGCGGCACUUCAGUCCGGCCGACUUGCUGCUCCCCUUGCAGGCUCUGGGCCUGGCCCCCAGUGCCACCCUCUGCGUGGUGGAGCCUGGGCCCGAGCCCUCUGCCCCAGAGGGGCCUGCCCCGUCUCCUCCAGCUCCGGCCCCUUCUGGGGAGGGGGGGGCGCCAGGCCGGCCGCAAGUGGCGGCAGCGGAGGAGGAGGAGGAGGACAGAGCGCAGAGCGGGGGCCCGCUGCCACCGCCGCCGCCGCUGCCGCCACUCUCGCUCCAGGCCUCAGGGCAGCCGGCGGUGCCUGGGAGCGUGCUGAGAACCUACGAGGAGCUGGCCCCCACCAGGCCGCAUCACUGGGGCCGGGGCCAGAGGCUGAACUCGGAGGAGCCCAUGGAGCAGGACGCGCCGGACCCCGCCAGGCAGGAGCCCCCUCCCGGGGAGCAGCCUCUGCCAGGGUUGGGGUUCCUGCCCCCUCUGGGCCGGGUCCACGGGAUCCCCAGGCCUUGGCACCAGUGGCCAGCAGAGGGCAAGCGGCUCAGGGCAGCAGCCGAGAGCAGGAGCGACUCCCUGGACCUGCCGCUUGCCGUCGCCCAGGCGGCCGAAGAGCGGCUCCAGCGGGCGGGCAGCCGGAGGGCCCCAGAGGCUGAGGAGAGGGUCCCUGCCCCCCUGCCCCCAGUGCCGCCGCUCUUCCAGCUCUCUCUGCGGGGGGCUGCAGCCCUCCUCACAGCCCCCAGCAAGCAGUACUGCAGCAGCCUGGCUUCCGUGACCCCCGCGCUGGCCGAGCACCUCCUGGCGCACCUGAUCCGGCAGGGCCUCCUGCGCCCGCGCAGCCUCCGCCUCUUCUUCGGCUGCGCCCUGCAGCAGCUCUCUCUCGACUGCUACCCCUACGCCACCAACGGGCUCCUGCGCCAGCUGCGGGCUUUCCCCAGCCUCCGCCACCUCAGCCUUCUUGCCUGCUCCAUCAUCACGGACCAGGGCCUUUCUGUCCUGCAGCACCUCAGCCGCCUCCAGCACCUCAACCUCUCUGCCUGCGUGAAGCUCACUGACCACUGCCUGCAGUUCUUGACAGGGCUCCCCCAGCUCUCCCACCUGGCGCUGGAUCAGACACGCGUCUCGGACCGGGGCCUGGCGGAGUUCCUGCUCUCGGCGCCCCCCACCCUCUCCCACUUGAGCCUCAACCAGACUGGCGUUACGGAGAGCACCCUUCGCCUCCUGCCCCAGUUCGCCCCCCACCUCGGGGCGCUCAGUGUGAAGCAGACGGGCGUCACCGAUGUUUCCGCCCUGCGGCAGUUGGAGGCCCUGCAGAGGCUGCACCUGGACGAGACCCCCGUCAGCGAAGCCUCCCUCCUGGCCCUCUCCUCCCACCCAGCCCUCUCCGUCUUGACGCUGUCGGGAGUCCGGUCGGUGGACGGCAACAGGGCUCUGGAGCUGGUCUCAGGCCUGCCCCUGCUGCAGCAGCUCUCCCUGCCCAGCCGACACACCGUCACCGACACCGGCCUGGCUUCCCUGGGCCGCCUGGCCGGCCUGGCCCAGCUGGACCUCACCGACUACAGCCACGUCACCGACGCGGGGCUGCAGCACCUGGCUCGGCUCUGCAGGCUGCGCCGCCUGUCCCUUGGCAACACGCUGGCCACAGACGGGGGCUUGUGCCACAUCCGGGGCCUGCAGCUUCUGGAGGAGCUCUGCUUGGACCGCCUCUGCGUCUCCAGCCGGGGAGUGGCCCGCUGCAUUGUCUGCCUUCCCCACCUGCAGGUCCUGAGUCUCGCCAGCACGCCCGUCGGGGACACGGUGGCCAGGCUGGGCAUUGCCCGCUGCAGGCAGCUCCUGAAAGUGAACCUGAGCCGCACACGCCUCACGGACCGAGGGCUGCGCUUCCUCGGCCAGGUGCCCCUCGUGCAGCUCAACCUGGAAGGCUCCGGGGUGACGGCUCUGGGCGUGGCCGCCCUCCUGGCCAGCUGCCCCACCAUCCGCAGCAUCCGCAGCCGCCCCCUGCGGCUCCUGGCCCCGGAGGACGUCUCGGACGGAGAAGAAGAAGGAGAAGGAGAAGAGCCCUGCUAGGGGGGCGGCCACCUCCCCCCAGCCCUUCCCUGGGCCACUGGGCCCCCCUUCUCUGCUGGCUGCUCUGAAGGGCCUGGCUGGGGGCAUCGGGUUUUCUGCACUGCUGGACUUGGUUGCGGGCAUGUGCCACACGAGGCGGUUGUGUGUCUGUGUGUCCCCCCAAGGCCGAGCGCCUGCCUGCUGCAAAACGGGCUCGCUGCCUGCCCCCCCCUCGCCUGGAAGGGCUGCGGGAGGAUUUCCCGACUGGCCCCUGGCGCUUCCCAGAGCUCUGGGGCGGGGGAGAGACCUCUCUGGGGUCCGUCCCUCACGGCCAGUGCCUCCCUGCCUUGGCUCCCGGAGGCCUGGCCGCCCAAGCCCCCUGGCCGGCCCUUCCUGGGGCAGCCACUGCUGCGGAGGCAGAAAGCUUCCAGGUCCGGCUGCAGCUUGUGCCUUACUGCCAAUAAAGCGAGAGAGACGUGG